CUGUUAGAGGAUGAACACGAAACGCGAGGAUAAGAAGAGAAAGGCAUCGGUGUCGACCGCUGUUGCUUCAAGAAAGAGAAACAGGGUACCGAUAUCUUGUACGAUCUGUCGGAGACGGAAGGUGAAAUGUGACAAAAAGAGGCCCAUCUGUACUGCCUGCGAGAAGACCGGCGUGGCUCACCUAUGCCAUUACAUAGACCCUCCUUGGGCUCAACCGCUCUCCAAUGACGAGCUACACCCUGAAGCACUGGAAGAGAUGGAAAAGUUGAAGGAGAAAAUACAGGAAUUGGAGGCCCAGUUGAACGAUCAACGUUGUGCUGAAGAUGAUCUCGGCGGUACCGGUGCUAAUGAACAAGAGACGUUGUCAGACUCUGACGGCCCAGGAAAUGAGCCACUUAAUUUGGCAAAGAAGUUCGAUAUGUUGCACAUCAAAUCCACAACGACAACCCACCUAGGUGCGACCUCUUGGCUGGCUAUCAUGAAAGGUGAUCCAUACCUGCGUGUUUUAUGGGCGCACAUAUUCAAAGUGCGUAAACAGGUUGAAGAGUACAAGCAUAGGAGACACAUACAACAGCAUCAAGUUGCACAGGUCACUGGAACUGGGACGGUGGUGCCAGCUAAUGUGGAACAACCCAUUCUGGUGCUACCGAGGGGCGAAUGUCCCGUGGCACGCGCUAGACCUUUGAAAGAGCUUGCAACAGAAGCGGCAACAUGUCCAGCCCAUCGCAUGAAACCAUCAACAUCAAAACAACCAGAAGUGGAUACUACACCGCUUGCAUGUCCAGUGUCUGGGAAAACAGCGCCAGCGGCUAAGUGUCCUGUUUCCCGCAGCGCCAAUCUUCAAGGUGACAACAACAACCAAAGUACACGCGAUGGCUGUAAUGAGCAGGCUGACAACGGGAUAGUGACUGAUCAAGAAGAAGACGAUGAGGAGGAACGCGUUUGCCCGCUCAUGAUUGGCGAUAACAGCUUUCUCAAUAGUUUGGACUCGAAUUCUGAACAUCACCACAAGCAUCGUAAAUCUACGAGGAGUAAUUCAAACGACAGUUCCAAAUCAGAGACGAGGAAAGUGUCACCGGAAGAUUUCAAGAGCGACCCAGUAACCAUGAUGCAGAAGUAUCUGCCAAAGAAGAAGAUCCUGUGGUUGUUUAUCGAGAGAUACUUUGAAGUGUUGUACGUUUAUUUGCCAUACGUUGAUGAAAAGGAAUUCAGGGAAGAGGUGACGCUGAUAAUGGGAGGUCCUGACGACGAAGAACAGGAUAUCAAGAUCAAGAUCAGACACGGUGUCGAUUUUGCACUCAUCGGGACGGUUUGUAUCAUCUUGAGACUUGUUUGGAACACUUUACCAAUGAACAACUCUAACAAGCUCCUUGGGAAAUCUGUCAACACAAAGACUUAUUAUGAUGAUCCCAAGAAGGUUGAUCUGAUGCAAAAGAAGGAGAAUGAAGUGCCUCUAGAGCUUAUCGAUUGUGUCAAACACUGUUUCUCAAACCUCAAGUUGAUGCGCAAAUCUUCGUUGAAGAUCGUCCAGUGCUCGUUGUUCUUGAGGAUGUACUUCAUGUACUCACCUGAAGAUGGUGAUGGAGCAGACGGCGCAGACUCACAAAUAUUCUUAGGUAUGCUUAUACAAAUGGCAAUGGGUAUAGGUUUGCACCGUGAUCCCCAAAACUUUGAAAACUUUGGGGAUGAGAGACAGAGACACCUUUGGAGAAAAGUAUGGUACACCCUAAUAUCACUCGAUGUUUCUCAGAGUGUAAAUUUGGGGUGUCCACGAGUACUGCAAAAUUAUCAGGAGUUCAGUGAUACGAUGCUACCAUGUGAAGAGAGUGUUGCCGAUAAUGACUUCAAAGAAUUGACCGUCAUUAAGAACAUCCAUGCACAGGCUAAACUGGACGAUAUCUUAUCACGGACAAUGGAUGUAUUACUCAAUGUACACAAACCUGCAAAGAGAUUUCACGUUGACUUACUUAUCAAUGAGCUUCAGAACAGCAUCAGUGGUUUUGGCGUCAGCAACGACAAAAACGCUCUCCCACAACUUGGUAAGAUCUUAGUGAAUAGAUCAAGGGAUGAACCAUUAUAUUCAUCAGGCACUCGAGCUAUUCAAAUGAGAGCUCAUGUCACUGUUAACAUGUUGAUCUAUCUUCUAAACUAUAUUCUCUACGUGCAUUUUGAACCCAGAGGGUCCAUGGAUCCCAAGAUUGCUAAUAUUGCAAAGACUUACGCACAGAAAGCUUUGAAUUGUGCCUUGGAAGGAUACAGAAAUUGCACGUUGUUCUUCGACUGUGGUCUGGAUUACUUUGGCCCUGGUGCUGAUUUGAUAUUAGCACCUCAACUGUUGACUAUUGGCCAUCGUUCGAUGCAGUUCAUGGUGUCUUUGAUUCUCAGGUCUAGAUGUGGACCAUUCAUGAAACCCGCUUAUAUCAAUGAAGGGUCUCAAAUAACCCGUACAGGUUCAACAUCUGGUAUUUUACCAACAAAUUACCAUCAUAGAAACCAUGACCUUGAUCAUAUUGAGAUCAAAGACGAAUCUGAGCAAUAUUCAUCUGCAUUUCACGUUGAUGUUAAUUCGGGUGAGACCUUAGCUACGAUUUUGCUCGGACAUAUGGACAAGUUUCACGAUUUGGCACAGAAGCUUGGGGACAAGUAUGCGUACAGCUGGAGAAUGGCCAAGGCUGUUGGAUUCUUUAUCAUCCUGCUAAGAAAGCCAACUAACGUUGUUAAGAGCAUGGUGAAGACUGAUAACCUUCAAGAUGUCGAGAACGAUACAGGAGAGGUGUCUAACAUGUUGAACUCCGUCCCAUUGGUUCUCAGCUCCGAUGAACAACAGUUCAAGAAGUGUCCAAUAUAUAGUCCAGAGACAAGUGCCACAAGGUCUACAGUUGCUCAGCAGUCUAAUGAGAGUUCACCAGCUGAUAUGAAGACGCCAAGAACCAGAGCAUCGCUUUCAGGUACCAAGGUAGAAUCUCCAGAGGCUCUCAGCUCUAUCGCAGCUACUCCUCAAGCUGGAACAUCUCCAAUGGAUGUCAUGAAACCAACAAAGAGUUCAGUCACGGCAUUUCCGAGUCUCAAUGGCGUGGACCUCGAGAUGCCGGAUUUCACAGAGACGAUGUUACAGCCGGGUUUCAUGGAUGGCGAUAAGUCUAUUGGCGAUAUCUUUGAUAUGUUGAUGAGCAAUAGCGCCUCAAUGCCAGCUCCUGGAUCGACUACUACAAAUGGUGGUGCACCAUCCACCUCAAAUGCAGACAUCAACCCGUUGAAUUUCAAUCCGAAUGACUACGCAGGCAAUAUGGACUUUUCCUCGAUGAUGAACGGCGGAUGGUUCACGUGAUAAGCAUAUGUAUUAUCCACUGUACUAUAUACAUGGGUGUUUCUAUAUAAUUUGGGUGGACUUUUAUAACAAUUAGGACAGUG